AUUGGUCGUAAGGAAAUGUCCAUUGGAAUAUAACACUGUAUAUAAUAAUUUGCUAAGGCUAGGUACAUUUGGUUGUAUUGGUCUUAGAAAUCGUUAAACUUAAUGACUAUUACGUGGGUUUCUAUGCGCGUGCAUAAAUCUGUCCCUGAUAGUAGUGAUUUAUUUUUGGAGUAUACUAAGAUGGCGCUAGGCUCUGCCCUCCGGCUUCAGCUGCGUUUAUGUAAAACUGCCCUGAUGUCGCCUCCUGUUGUUCUGCCUGCCUCCUGCUUCUCCAAACACCAGAAAACGCUGUAGAAGAAACACAGCCGCUGCGCAGCGGAGCAUAUUCGGCUUAAUCAUGACAUUAAUGCAUUUAUGACAGGGGCUGUUAUAUGUUUUUGUGUUUAUUUUUGAAGAUUAAAAGCCUUGUUUCUGCUUUAAUCCAUGAGGUAAGAGAAACUGAACCCUUAAAGGGUUUCUGCUGCACUGUCCAUAUGCACUGCAUGCUGUGUGCAACUAUUUAAAUACAACUAAACUUUAAAGAUUGACGAGUUUCUUGACAUUAUACGGCAGCUUUUUUUUUUGCAGAAAGCCCAACCGUUACCAGCUUGCUCAGAUUACUUCCGCCAUGCUUUAUAAUCCCGGAAGUCUACUGGUUUUUGCUUUGAUACGUCGACGCGUCCGCCAUCUUGGUCAGGGCAACACUCUCCUAGACUUGAGCACCAGAAACGGGACUUCAGACGUCACUAUGGCCAACACUCUGGGUACAGUUCCUCUAUCAGCUGAUCCAGUAUCUAUCAGAAUGAAGAGCAAGAAUUCUGAAGAAAAGCUGAAUGAAACAGACAAAAAUCUAUCAGAAUCAAGAGUUUAUAUUGGCGCUGCUUCCAGCAGAUGGAGAGAGUUGAGGGACAGGAGUCAUUUCCGAACGGAUGCUGAGUUGGCGUUAUUUCUGCUCGACUGGUAUGAAAAUCAACCCCUUACUUUCACACCAAGUCAGAUUGUUCCUGAUCGACCCAGACGGCUGCAUCCACCAUCUGCUGGCGCUGAACCAGUUAAUGACCAAGCCGAUAUGACAUCAGAAGCAGUCAUAAAGUACCUCUCCAGGAAGACGCCUCCUCCUGAUCCUCCUCCCUCACAGGUGUAUGAGGACGUCAAAACUGAGACCUCAGAUGGAGGGACGUCUGAAGUGACAGAAGUCUGUGUGAAGAAAGAGGAGACACUGGAGCUGGACAUCCACAAAUAUCAGGAAAACCUCGACCACACACCUGAAAAGAUUUGCUUUAAAGAGGAAGAUGCUGACCAUAAAGACCACAUGUAUUGUGAGGUUUGCAAAUCCGUCUUCUUCAACAAGUGUGAAGUUCAUGGCCCGCCUCUCUUCAUCCCUGAUACUCCUGUUCCCAUGGGCGUCUCUGACCGAGCCAGACUAACUCUUCCUCCUGGACUAGAGAUUCAGAAGUCCAGUAUUCCUGAUGCAGGUCUGGGGGUGUUUAAUAAGGGGGAGACUGUUCCAGUAGGUGCACAUUUCGGACCCUACCAGGGAGAGCUAGUAGACCGAGAGGAAGCCAAGAACAGCAGAUACUCCUGGGUGAUAUACUGGAGCAGGCAGUGUGAAGAAUACAUAGAUGCCACAAGAGAAACUGAGUCAAAUUGGAUGAGGUAUGUGAAUUGCGCUCGUAAUAAUAAAGAACAGAAUCUUGUGGCAUUUCAGUAUCGGGGUGGAAUUCUGUAUCGGUGCUGUCGACCCAUUAACCCAGGACAGGAGCUCUUAGUGUGGUAUGAAGAGGAGUACGCCAAAGAACUCAGUCCUGCCUUUGACUACCUGUGGAACAAAAAGUCCUCUACGAAUGAAUUAAACACCAGUCUGUUGCAAAGCUUUUCCUGCUCCACGUGUUUCCUUUCCUACGCAUCUCAAAUUUACCUUCACAAGCACAUCCAGAGAUGCCACUAUGAAGAGUACAUGCGACUGCAGGAAUCAGGAGAGAUUAUUAAUGAGCUCCAAAUCUCAUCUAAAGGCUGCAGUAGUCUACAAAUAUUGUCUGAUACUCUCAGUUCUGACACUUCUCCCAAUAACAUGCAGAAGGAAAUUCAUCGCUGUUUAGUGUGUGGAGAGAGUUUUAGUCAUGAGAACGCCUUCAGAACACAUCAGUGCAUCCACGGCGUAGAGAAGCCGCAUCAGUGCUCAGAGUGCGGGGAUAGAUUUACUCAUCAGAGAUAUCUCCACCGACACCAAUGGAUCCACAAAGGAGAGAAGCCAUAUCGCUGCUCAGAGUGUAAGAAAAGCUUUACUUCCCAGCUUCAUCUCCAGCUACACCAGCGCAUUCACACCGGCGAGAGGCCGUUUCAGUGCUCUCAGUGUGGAAGAGGUUUUACUCAAAAGAGUAUCCUUAAAAAGCACCAGCGCAUUCACAAUGGAGAGAAGCCGUUUCAGUGCUCGCAGUGUGGAGAAACAUUUGCUCUGAAGAGUCAUCUCCAAAAACACCAGCGCAGUCACGCAGGAGAGAAUGUCUAUCGGUGCACGGCUUGUGAGAAAUCUUUCACUUACCAGAGUGAUCUUCAACAACACCAGCGCAUUCACACCGGAGAAAAGCCGUAUCAGUGCUCGCAGUGCGGGAAGAGCUUUUCUCAGAGGGGUUACCUCAACUAUCACCUCCGCCUUCACGCAGGAGACAAACCACAUCAGUGCGCACAGUGCGGGAAACGUUUUAUUUACCAGAGUGCUCUGAAGGUACACCAGCGCAUUCAUGCAGGAGAGAGGCCGUACCAGUGCUUACAGUGUGGCAAGAGUUUUACUGUGCUGAGCGGUCUGCAGAUCCACCAGCGCAUUCACACCGGAGAGAGGCCGUAUCUCUGCGCACAGUGCGGAAAGAGUUUUUAUCACUCGAGUGCUUUAAAGGUCCACCAGCGCAUUCACACCGGAGAGAAGCCGUAUCACUGCUCGCAGUGUGGCAAGAGUUACACCGAGAAGCGGACUCUGGAAAAACACCAGCAGCGAUUUCACACCGCAGAGAAGCCGUAUCCCUGCUCAAAGUGUGAAAAGAAGUUUUCCAGCCUGUCUGGUUUGCGCACCCACCAGCGCAGUCACACGGACGCCACUCCGUAUCACUGCUCACAGUGCGGAAACGGUUUUACCGAGAAGCGUGCUCUCCAAAAACACCAGCUCCUUCACACAAGGGAGAAGCCGUAUCACUGCUCAGAAUGUGAAAAAAGGUUUUCCAGCCUGUCUAGUUUUCGCACACACCAGCGCCUUCACACAGAAGGCAAGCCGUAUCACUGCUCACAGAGUGAGAAGAGUUUUCACCACUCAACCGCUUUAAAGGUCCACCAGCACGUUCACACGGGAGAGAAGCCGCAUCAGUGCUCGCAGUGUGGAAAGGGUUUUACAGAGAAGCGUGCUCUUCAAAACCACCAGCGAGUUCACACAGGAGAGAAACCGUAUCCCUGCUCUGAUUGUGAAAAGAGGUUCAUCAGCCUGUCUAGUUUGAUUAACCACCAACACCUUCACACGGACGGCAAGCCAUAUCUCUGCUCAAAGUGUGGGAAGGGUUUUGCUCAGAAAAAAAGUCUCAUAAAACACGUGCGCUGUCACGGCAGAAAGAAGCCAAAACCACGCUCAUAGUGCGGUUUAUUUUAGUGAGUUAGCCAAUUAACUUUCAAAAUUUGCAUGUCAAAUAAAAUGGGUUAAUUAUGGGGCAGUUCCUGUGAGGUUGGAAUCUGUGGUGAAUGUCUCCGUCUGAUGUAGAGACCAUGUGAGGCUCGAGUCAGUGCAUCAAGAGCCACCACACACUGACGUCUUCAGGAGAAGAGCCACAACUGUUAAAGACUCCAUGUUGCAAAAGUCCAGUAUGAGUUUUCAGUCUGUGAUAAUUUGAGGUGAUUUUUCAUCUGCCGGCAUGGUCUACUGUGUUUUAUCAACUCUAAAGUCAAUGUAAAAUGUAGAAGUUUUUAGAGCACUUCAUGCUUUCUGUCUGCUGACAAGCCUUAUGGAGAUGCUUGUUCUAUGGAGGAACCUAAGGGGAAUCUUGGAAAAACACCUGACCCACAAAUAUAGAUCAAAGCAACCUGGUCUUUAGUAAUGCCACAGGCUGACCACCUCCAUGCCAUGCCACACCGAUGCAGUAAUUUAUGAUUAAGGAGUCCUGACCAGAAAUCGAGUGCCUAAAUAACCAUAAUUUGUCAUUUCUCGUGUAUGCUGUUAUUUUGGAAUCCAUAGAUCACAAUCAAUGUUACCCACAAAUCCCAUGUUUGGUCCAGUUUCAUGAAGAACCUGGAUGUUACAGUAAGCCUCAGACUGGUGUGAGGGGCAGUUGAAGCAGAUGACCAAAACUAGCAAGGCUGAAAACUCCUAAUCUCCAACCUGGGGUCCGUUCUUCGUACGACGCUAACUCGGUUAGAGCACGACUGACGUGGACUGAGUCACGUGGGAAAAGAAAAGUAUCUUGCAUGCAUAUAUAUGCAAGAUCAUCUCAUCUUAGAUAUGUCAACUCAUCUCGGAUGUAUCAAGCGACGUACAUUUACAUUUAGGCAUUUGGCAGACGCUCUUAUCCAGAGCGACUUACAAAAAGUACGAAGACCGUACCCCUGGUGACUGAGAUUGGUUGUCCCCCCAAGACUUUCAAAACAUGCCAUGUCUGUUCAGUAAAACACACAAAAAAAACUUAUGCAUGUUUACUUCAUUGUGGUGGGUUAAGGAAUAAAACAAUUUGUGUCUACUAUAAGUAUGUUCAAUGUGUCAAGUAUUAAAAAAAGGUGUUGAAUAUAAAACGUUUAGAAGAUUAAUGUGUUGUCAUUAAAAUGUGUGUGUGAUUUGUCAUGGCUGUAGAUGCAAAAAUAUGUUUAAACAUGCACAGCAUUUGCCCUCCCCCUGCAAAAUUUUGCCCAUUUUGUCACACUUAAAUUAUUCAGAUCAUGAAACAUUUUAAUAUUGCAAAAAGAUAGAGUAAAUACGAAAUGAUUAAUUUAUUUAUUAAGGGGGGAAAGCUAUCCAAACCAAUAGUUUGCAAUAACUGGCACGACAUUUAAUCCAUUUAGUGCAUUUUUCUUCAUGUUGUGAUUCAGGAUAAAACGUGCAGGGGUUCA